UUUUCUGGCACACAAAAUGAAGUGCAAUGCUUGCUGGCGGGACUUGGAAGGGCAGGCCAUAUCAACAACAUGUGGCCAUCUGUUAUGUACGGAGGAUGCAAAGAAAAUACUCAGUAACGAUGGUGCUUGUCCUAUUUGUGAUCAAGUGCUCUCUAAAUCCCAUAUGAAGCAAAUUGACGUAAAUCCAAGCGACGAAUGGACGAAUAUGUCAAUGACUGGAGUUUCUCCACAGAUACUUAUGAAAAGUGCAUACAGGAGUGUCAUGUUUUAUAUUGGACAAAAGGAACUGGAGAUGCAAUACAAGAUGAACAGAAUUGUUGGUCAAUGUAGGCAAAAGUGUGAACUUAUGCAGGCAAAGUUCAGUGAGAAACUGGAAGAAGUGCAUACUGCCUACCAGAAGAUGGCCAAAAGAUGCCAGUUGAUGGAACAAGAGAUUGAAAACUUGACGAGGGAUAAGCAGGAGCUACAAGAAAAAUUUGCAGAGAAAUCUAGGCAGAAGAGGAAGCUUGACGAGAUGUAUGAUCAGCUGAGGAAUGAGUAUGAGUCUGUAAAACGUUCAGCCAUUCAACCUGCAAACAACUACUUCCCAAGAGCUCAGCCAGACAUGUUCUCGGGCAUGCCCAACAUAUUGGAUGGCGGCGACCCUCUGAGACAAGGAUCGAUUGAUCCUCCUGAAACCCCAGGGCGCAGAGACGAGGGGUGGGCUGCACAACCAAGGCAAAGACCCCAGACGUCUAGUCCGUUUGAGCUGUCUACAGGAUCUCCUGGUCAUAAUGCAGCACCUCCAAUGGAUAUGAGACCCAGACAGCCGCCACGGUCCGUGUUUGGAGCUAACAUGAACAAUUCUUCUGCAGCUCUGCGAAAUAUGAUAAUCUCACCAGUGAAGCGUCCUCAGCUUUCCCGUAACCGUCCACAGAUGUUCACGUAA